CGGUAAAUUGGGCUAGUCGCGCCCUUUCGGUCGCGGUCGCGGUCGCGAUCGCAUGGUGAACGUUUGUUGACGUUGACGUUGACGUUGACGCGCGCCGUGCGUGUGACUCGAGGGUCUCGAGGCUCUCGAGUACUCGAGGUCGAGGGUCGUUUGUGUCGGUGCAGUUGCGAAGACGUCGAGGACGCGCGUCCUCCCGCCUCUGCACGUGGUGCUGUGUGGUGUAAGGUGUUGCGUGCUGUUGUGUGGUGCUGUGACCUGUGACCGUGACGCGACCGAUAGCCGAUAGCCGAUAGCACAACACGGCCACGAUGUCGGUCAGCUACGCUAGGAUGAAAUCGUGCCACGAGGCAACGUCGCCAACGUCGCCGACAACGCCGACGACGCCGACCUCGCCGACCUCGCCAACAUCGUCGUCGACGACUACGCCGAGUAACGCGCCCAGGCGUGCCGGCGACGAGGAGGAUUGGCGAAUGCAGCUGGCGUUCUGCAAGCCCCGUCACAACGCCACGAUCGAAUACGUCAAUUGUAUCAGUCAGACUUGGCGCAUGAAGGAGCGGGUACGUACAUACAUGAAAACGGUGAGCGUCGCUCUGGUGUUGUGCCUAAACGUUGGCGUUGACCCCCCGGACAUCGUCAAGACGCAGCCAUGCGCUCGCCUCGAAUGCUGGAUAGAUCCGUUGUCGGUGAGCCCUCAAAAAGCUCUCGAGACUAUAGGUUCGAAUUUGCAAAAGCAAUAUGAACGAUGGCAGCCAAGAGCCCGCUACAAACAAAGUUUGGAUCCAACCGUCGAGGAAGUUAAAAAGUUAUGUACGUCUUUAAGGCGAAAUGCCAAAGAAGAAAGAGUUUUGUUUCACUAUAACGGUCAUGGAGUGCCCAAACCUACUACUAAUGGUGAAAUAUGGGUAUUUAAUAGGACAUAUACACAAUACAUUCCAUUGUCGGUGUACGAUUUGCAGACUUGGAUGGGUGCGCCUAGUAUUUAUGUAUACGAUUGUUCCAAUGCGGGUAUUAUAGUAGAAUCUUUCCAGCAAUUUGCCGACCAACAUGAAAAGGAGUACGAGAUGGAAAAGCAGCAAAAUCGCGCGACCGGGGUGACAUGUCCUGCAGCACCGUGUUAUAAAAAUUGUAUUCAAUUAGCAGCAUGUGCGGCUAAUCAGAUUUUACCUAUGAAUCCGAAUCUACCUGCAGAUAUAUUUACUUCGUGUCUCACUACACCCAUAAAAAUUGCAAUACGCUGGUUUGCAAUGCAGCCGACAUCCAAAUUAGUUCCCAACAUAUCGCUUGAUCUCAUUGACAAAAUUCCUGGGCAAUUAACCGAUAGAAGAACAAUGCUAGGCGAGCUUAAUUGGAUAUUUACCGCCAUUACCGACACGAUAGCAUGGAAUACCUUACCAAGAGAUUUGUUUCAAAGAUUAUUUAGACAAGAUUUAUUGGUUGCCAGUCUCUUCAGAAAUUUCUUGCUAGCAGAGAGGAUACUUCGUUCUUACGAUUGCACGCCAGUUUCUUCCCCAAAAUUACCACCAACUUAUCAGCACCGUAUGUGGCAAGCUUGGGACAUGGCGCUUGAUCUGUGCUUGGCACAAUUGCCAACGGUUCUGGAAAAUGAAGACCGAUACGUGCAUUCGUCAUUCUUUGAAGAUCAACUCACAGCUUUCCAAGUAUGGCUCAACUUAGGAUCCAAAAAUCGCAGUCCGCCUGAGCAGCUUCCAAUUGUCCUCCAAGUGCUAUUGAGUCAAGUUCAUAGACUGAGAGCGCUAGAGCUGCUAGGGCGUUUUCUUGACCUUGGUCCGUGGGCUGUGAACUUAGCACUUAGCGUCGGCAUCUUUCCAUAUGUUUUAAAAUUAUUACAAAGCAACGCCAGAGAACUUCGACCCCUGCUUGUUUUUAUAUGGGCAAAAAUUCUAGCAGUGGAUAAUACUUGCCAAGCAGACCUUGUACGUGAUGGUGGUCAUAAAUAUUUCUUGUCCGUGCUGCAGGAUACUUCUAUCCCGAGUGAGCACAGAACAUUAGCUGCGUUUGUAUUGGCCAGUAUUGUAAACGAUUAUCGGCCGGGUCAAGUGGCUGCAAAUCAAGGCAAUCUCGUUUCGAUAUGUUUGGAACAAUUAGGAGAUACAAAUUCUUUGCUACGGCAAUGGCUUUGCUUGUGCCUAGCGCGGCUUUGGCAUAAUUUCGAUAAGGCGAGAUGGUGCGGCGUCAGGGACAUUGCUCAUGAAAAAUUAUUCACCUUAUUAAAGGAUCCCGUCCCAGAGGUCCGGGCAGCUAGUGUGUACGCAUUGGGCACAUUUAUAAACAGUGUUACGACCAGAAGCGAGCACGCGAAUAAUAUCGAUCAAAUUAUCGCUAUGACACUUAUCAAUACAGUUUCUCACGACAUGUGUCCAUUGGUUAGAAAAGAAUUGGUUGUGGCUCUCCAAUGGAUGGUGCUACAUUUUGAAAAUUCCUUCGUUACGCUAGCUAUGGCCGAGGAGAACAGUCGGAAGGAUCUCGUCGUAGAAACUCUAUCCCCAUUCAGUGGUAUGAGACGCAUUAGUUCGCGCGACAGAUUGAAGAUGUUGUCCCCUAACAAUACAUACACCGUAGAUACGACCGAUGGGUUUGGACCGCAGGAUCGCAUCAAAAGAGUAUCGUCUUCGUCGUCCAUUAGUAGUCUAGGUAAUAAUUGGGAGUUCGUGAGGAAACCUUGCGAGUCACUUGGUCACAGUUCUCUUGGGAACUUACCGAGUCUCUCCUAUGGUAGUGUAUAUAUGAAAUUAUGGCAUGGAUUGUGCAAUCUCGACAACGAUCCUCAUCCGGUAGUCAGUGCUAUGUCUCAAAAAAUUACCAAUCAUAUUCGUAACAAGGUAAAAGCAUCGUCCAUCCCUAAGGAAGUAGUUGAAACGAAAAUUUCCUCGUCAUUGUCUCUCCCGCCAUCUCCGUCAAAUCGGACUGGUUAUUUGAGCAAAGGAGAAUCACCACCAGCGACUGUCAACUCUGGAACGGAUCUCUUGCGUUCUUCGAGAGUUCUAUCGCACAGUAGUCGUUCGAGAAAACCUGUUCCUAAUACGAUAUCCGAAGAGACGGACGAAGCACCUGGAGCUAAAACUCCAUUGACCACCUCCCAAUUUGUUGAAUGGAGUUGCGCGCAGUUUGCUCAGCCCGUUAGUCUAGAGGACGAAAUGGACGAUGUAGAGAGCAGACCAUAUCUCGAGCGAGAAUGGCGAUUUAUACGUAACGCGAAGCAAAGACAAGACGCAAGAGAGGAACAAUUACGCGCGCCGCAAAAUAAGAUGGAAUCGCAAGUGUGUCACGCGAGGUGUUCCCAGUCACCUCAAGUUCUGGUUUUUCAUCCAUUCGAACCACAUUUGGCCGUGGCGCUGAAAGAUUGUUUCGGCAUAUGGGAUUAUCAGAGUGGCACAAAAUUGACUUAUUGCACAAGUUACGGAAACAAAGUAAAAUCGCGCGUCACGGCACUUGAAUUCAUCAACUCUCACGACUUGACUCUGCUGAUGGCAGGUUCCGACGACGGUUCCGUACAAAUCUGGAAGAAUUACAGUGGCACGAUAAGUCGCGAUCCGAUUUUACUCACAGCUUGGCAGGCGCUGGCGGACGUGCAACCCGCAACAAAGACUUCUAGUGUGACAGCACGACUCGUCACAAAAUGGGAACAGAAAUCGCUCACUCUAGCGGUAACAGGCGAUGUCCGCAUUGUAAGGCUCUGGGAUGCGGAAACUGAAUUGAAGAAGCAAGAUAUUCCAACAGGCGCCGAUUGUUGUACCACAUGCAUCGACGUUGACGGCACAGGUGCAAUAAUGGCACUGGGCUGUGGCGAUGGAUCAGUUCGACUCUUGGAUCGAAGAUUACCUCCGGCAGAGGCAAGAGUUAUGACUUGGAGGGAACACACCGGUUGGGUGUUGGGCACAUUUUUAAGACAAUCCGAAGGAGCCGCACCGCAACUGUUCACCGGAUCCUCCACAGGCGACAUAAGAAUCUUUGAUCUUAGGAAACAUUCCUCCGUGAACACGAUUCAAAUAACACCGGGCAUCGCGGCAUUGACUGUGCACGAAAUAGCUGAUGUUUUCGCCUGUGGCACCACAAAUCAUUGCAUCAGCGUCUACAAUACAUCGGGACAACAUCUCAAUACGAUAAAAUUUCACGAAGGAUUUAUGGGUACGCGCCUCAGUCCGGUAAGCUGUCUGAAUUUUCAUCCAUAUCGCGUAACUUUGGCGGCCGGCUUCGUGGACAGUACCUUCACGGUAUACGAGCCACGUAGAUGACUAUUAGAGAUGGAACUCGUGUAAGAGCCUUGUAGAAUUUUGUAAAUUUAUAAAAGCGCUAUAUAUAUAUUUUUCCUUUUUUUUUUGGUUUGCGUCCGUUCUUGCGCGAACGCUUUUGCGAUAUUAUCGGCGAAAUUAGGGCUUUUUGUCCUCGGUGUUUCCGCGAGAGAAACAGAAUAAUUCCUAUGACGAUGAUACAGUAGCCUCCCUUUUCCUGCUAUUUCUUCUAGCUUCGCGUUAGAAAAUCGAUAAUCUGGUUGGUAUCACGCGCAAAAGAUGGGGAGAAGACAUAGUUGUAGCUUUUGUGAUAAAAGUGAGAGACGGGCGGUUAACCAAAGUAUUUCGAGGCGACCAAAGAAUGAGAUACGAUUAACCAUCUUGGUACGAUUUUUGCGCAUAAGAUAGUGACUGUCGACAGAACUUUGGUGUACCGGGAAAUGCUGAUGCAUAAUUGCAUAAUAAUAUAUGUACAUUGUGAUAAAAGGUUGAGGCGAGUUUGUGCAGAGAAAGCGAGAGAAAGAUUAACGUUUAACGAAAACUGUACGGUGAGAUAAACUCAUCUAUUGUGCCAUGUAAUAUCUUUUCCUACUGCAGCAGAAUUAAGCUGUUUCCAUACAGAUUUUGAUGUAACAAAGAUAUUUUAAUUACCGAACCGAGCACGAUGUGGUUGUGUAAAUACGGCUCGCGUUAUAUGCAUUUUUAUAAACUACGUGAGUGACACGUGUUGCUAGAGUAUACGUUUCGUUAUUGUUUGUCGACAUAAUAUUAUCAUUUUUCGUUUUUAAAUAUUACUUCUAUCAUCGUGUUCCUGACCAAUAAAACAAUUCAGUUCCGUUUUGAACAAUUUUAGCCAUUACCAAUAUCGUACAAAGCUUUGCUUAAAUAAGUAUAAUUUUGUAAACGGUAAGAUUUUGACGAAGAACAUAUUUGUUACGUUUAUAUGUUUAUUCGCGUGGCAAUAUUAGAUAUAAACUGUAUGUAUAUGUGCAAUAUUUAUAGAUCGAUUGUCGUCUAGAUAUAUCGAUCUAGAUACACAACAACACAGCAGAAAUUGCAAAAUAUAUUUAUAAAGCUUAAAAAGAAAAAAACGCGAAAAUUAUGGAGGGAGAGAGCGGAAAGAGCAUAUUUUUUUACAUAAAUAUGCAACUUUCUAACAAAAUUAUACUUAUUAUCUAUAUAAGUUUAUUUUACGAAAGCAUUUAAUUGUGAAUGUUUAAUUGUACACAUAUUGCGGCUACAACGAAGCGUAUCGAUCGAAUUUUUACUUCUCAAGAGCCAUUAGGAAAAAAAAACUAACCAUCUUACAAGAAUUAUGUAGAAUAUUUAGAGAUUACCGCAAUUGUUCCCUCUGAUGCAUCAAACGGUAUGUGGCAAAAUUAUUAGAAAAUAUUAACGAUUGCAUCUGUGAUCGCAGUUGCGCAAUUGCAUUGUCGAAAAAUAACGACAAGGUCGUUAAUUUAUUUUACAACAAUAUGAUUAUUUAGCAAUUAUGUUAUUAAUAUACUAGCUUGUUCCGUUUAACUCUCGGUGGAAGCUGCUGCCGUUUUCGCGAAAAAUGUAUAUAUGCCGAUAUUCACGGGGACAGAAAGAGAGAGAGAGAGAGAGAAAAAGAAAGAGCAAUUUAGCUUCUUUACGGUGCGUAAUAUAUAGGACAAGUUAUUGCUAAGCUAGGAGAGUACAAGUAGAGCACGUUGAUGUUAUACGAGCAAAAAUCGGUUAUAUUAGUAUGUAAUGAUAAAUACAUUGUAAAUACGUAAUAGGAAACUCUCACCGUAGAAAGAGGGAGGAGGUGCGAGAAGUGCACAGAUAGAGCUUUGUAUCACUUAAUAUUAAACGAUAAUUUUGUUAUUGAUACGUUGCCGUAAUUUAUGGCAUGGCAUGUGUGAUAAAGUGACGGGGAUCGAUGGAUUUGCAUACGGUAUUGUAACCGAUCACAGAUUUGUAUAGAUAUGUAGAUGCAAUACGUAGUGCUAGAUGUACUUAAUCGCUCACCGUCGAUUGUGGGGAAAGAAAUCAUACGUUUCUCUCUUUUUUUCUUUUACUUUUUCUGUUUAUCAAAACGAUUUGUUCGUUCUACAUUUCGCUACUAACGAAUUUGGGCGUUAACAUUAUCCAUUGCGCGAUUAUUUCGAUAAACGCUAUCUCUAUUUUUAGUACGUUCCACUGUACCUGUGCCUACUAAAUUAGUCGUUUAACUCCCGUUUUUGCCAGUAGCAAACAAGUUUUGCAAGUGAAUUUUUGAGUCAUUUCAAUUAUAAUAGAACAAUAGAACUAAAAAUGAGGGCAAAAAUAGAGUAACGGUAAAUGAUGCUUCAGUCAGGAACCCUUUUAGCAUUUUAAGCUAUGUUGCCGCGGAAAUGUUGCUAUGGAAAAAACAUAUCUUGGUUGAUUUUAAAGGAAAAUGCUAUUAAUUGUAAGUACUAAAGUAAAGUAAAUAACGAGAAAGAUUGAUUUGAAAAUUUUGUUACGGUUAUGUAAUAGCUAUAAAUUUUUAAGUUUAAACUUUCGAGAGAAGAGGAGACGGCAUGGACGCGAGAUUAGAGUGAUGAACAAUUUCAAUUUUAGCGCCAUCAGAGAUUAGCAAUACAUUGCGUUGCAGCCAACGCUACACAAACAUAAUUAUUAUUCUAAAUUGCACAAAAAUUUGAAUAGUUGUAAUUCUAUAGUCCAUGCCUCCACGAAUAACCUUUUCUUCCCGUAAAUUUUAGUUAUAGUUACAUUAAUUUUCACAUUUAGUUAUAUGCCAUAUGCAUAUAAAUGUGGACUUGAAAAUACGGAUUUAAAAAGGUUUUACAAUUUCGUUUUAUCGUUUAUUCGCGUAGCGAUGGCAGACUGGUUCUGAAAAAAGGGAUUUCCAAUUUCGUUCCGGAAUCUUAAGAUCUAAAUAAGACGUAAGAAACUAAACCAGUAUAAUUUCGGCAAGUUUAAUCUCUAAACUCUAAACGUCUAUACACUGCGGUAAAACUUUAGCUUUCGUUUUCUCUUUGUAGCCCUCUAACUGAAAAUUAUGAUUAGAUGUGUCAGUAGCGAGAAAUCGAAGAAAUCCUUUCCUUCUUUUGCACCGUAUGACACAUACGUUUUUUGCAACAAAUUGGUUUAUCGCGUUCUAUCGAAAUAUCAACUCGGCGAAAUUAUACCGAUCGAUAUCUUUUUUCGGCAAAUGUAAAUAUAAUAUAAUGCAAAAUAGUUGCUUGCACGAUAGCUGCUCUACUCUAUGUACGGUAACUCGACGGAUCGCGCCGUUAUUAUUAUUAUAUACCUAUGUAUAUCGUUAGCUAGCAAUAAUAUAUAUACAUAAUCGCGCUAAGGAUUCGCAGACACUUAGGGGAUAAGGCUGGAGAAAAGGCGAGAAUACCAAGUAUCAAUGAUUUUGGCACCGUAUGCUAUUGUACAUUCGUGUAAUUAUGUACGUGCCUCGUAGUAAAAUACAAUAUGAUGACGUUACUCUUGUGCCGAUCUUGUGUAAAUAACAUAAAUUCUCGUAACUUUCA